CGGCCCGCCCUGCUCUGCCGCCGGGCCGAGCCCUCUUGCCGCCGCCUCAGCUCAGCCUCACGGAGCGAGCUUUGGACCAUUAACAAGACCCCUGGGACCUACUCCCAAGCACGUGGCUCUCCGGUGACCCUAUUUUGGGCAUGUUCUCAGAGUUGAAGUUCCCUGUACCCUGGGGCCACGUGGCAGCCAAGGCCUGGGGACCCUUGGAGGGACAUCCUGUGCUGUGUUUGCAUGGCUGGCUAGACAAUGCCAACACCUUUGACAAGCUCAUUCCAUUGCUCCCCAGAGGCUGCUAUUAUGUGGCAAUGGAUUUUUCUGGCCAUGGUUUUUCAUCCCACCGACCUGCCGGCUGCCCCUACCAUUUCCUGGAUUAUGUGACUGAUGUGCGCCGUGUGGCAGACGCCUUGCAGUGGAGACGGUUCACCCUGAUGGGUCACAGUAUGGGAGGAGCUGUGGCAGGAAUGUUCUGCUUCCUUUAUCCUGAGAUGGUGGACAAGCUGAUCCUGCUGGAAAGUCUUGGCUUUCUGCUAGCUCCAGAGGACACUGAGGCAUGGCUGAAAUCUAAACGGAGGGUGAUUGACAGGUUACUGAGUCUAGAGGCAAAGGAGCAAACUCCCAAAGCACGGAGCCCUGAAGCAGCAUUGCAGAGGCUCUUAGAAGCGAACAGCCAUCUGACAGCAGAGGGUGGAGCAAUCCUGCUGCAGCGAGGAGCAACUGAGACACCCGCUGGGCUGGUAUAUAACAGAGACAUGAGAGCCCGUAUGCAGAGUCGAGAGUCCCUCACAGUGGAUCAGUGUGUGAAGCUCCUGCAGAAGAUCCAGGACCGUGUUCUCAUCAUUGUAUCACAAGAUGGACUUUUGGUACCACACAAGUUACACAGCAGAAAUCACUUUGUGAAAGCCAUGCGGGAGGCAUUUGAGUCUACCCUCAAAGAGCACAUCCAGCUAGUCGAGGUGCCUGGGAGUCAUUUUGUGCACCUGAACGAGCCUGAGGUGGUGUCUGGGAUCAUCAGCAACUUCCUGACAGUUCAGAACACUAGAGCUAGACUCUAAGAAACCCCAGUGGCUGCAGCAGUCCAGAACUGGGAGCUAAAAAGCAGGCUCCGGCAGAAUCGUCCGAUUCCUACCUCACAUCCAACUCCUCACAUCAUGAUACUCUUUCCUGCGCUUAGCUCACUGCAGAGUGGAAGCAUGUCCGCCAGGGGUUCUCUGAAGGAGAGCUGAGCAAAAUAUCUCAGUUGUCAAAGGGAAGAGGAAUCCCUACUCUAUUUCCAGCUCUCUGAGUACAGGGAUGGCGGCCCAAAGUGGCCUUCCCCUUGGCUUGUUCCAAAUUUGCACCCUGAAACAGUGCAGGAAUACAGGCAGAGGCAUCCUCUGUGACAGCAGCAGCACCAGCUUUGACACUGCAAGAGAGGUGGCUCAUCUUGCCUCCUCCCUGAGGACGGUGUGGCCAGGCUGCUCCCAGGAUUAAACCUGAUGAAAAAACAAGUGAAGUUUUCUGCUUCUCCACUUACUUCCAUAGGGGCCUGAGCUCAGAGGGCCUCAGUGUCUUUGUUCUACUCUGAGAGCUGGUGUUUUUUUUAGAAGUCAGCUUAAAUAAGAGCUCACCUGGGCACAGAAGCCCAUUUUAAUGAAUGUCACUAAUCUUCUAGCUGAAGCAGCUAGAGCUACUAAUUAUGGAAAAGUUGGCAGAGAUGAUUUCUGUCCUAAAUAAAGAUUAAUCUCCUAAUGUUAAGUCCGUCUUCUUGAUUCAAUAGGAGAACGAACCUCUCUUCUCUUUUGGGAUGCUCACCCAAGCAGCUAAAACGUAUCUUAGGAGGCAGCAAUUUUUACAUACAGUCCACCUUAGAUAAGGCAUAUUAAGGAUCUGCCUCCCAGCUAAAUUAAUGCAAAAAGCCAACUAAAGCAGCAACACAAGCAAUGCAAACUGUAUUUGCAGUGGGCUUUCCAGGAAAAGGUAAAUCCAUUUUAAAUCAGCUCUGUGGAAUUUACCAGCGCUUCCACCUUACAUUCAUGGUCACACCUGCAUUGAGGCUGCAAGCAGUAAAAUAAAUGUGUUAAAGCCUGGGGCUGGGCAGGUUUCUUUGAUCACAGAGUGUGCUGGGGUGACCUAUCACUAAGUCCAAAGCUGCACAGAUGUUAUAUGUGCAGUACAAAAGCACUGAUCCACAACUAGAUGUGCCUGCUGCCACCUUUCCCUGCCUUCUGUGGGCUGGUGAAAAGUUAAGUGGAUACAGGCCUUAGAGAGUCUGGUUUCUCAUUCCAAGGCCAGGCUGCUUGAAGUGGCACUUGUUCUUGCAACAGUGUCGGACAACAGACAUUUCCC